GAGCUCCUCUCUCUAACAGCAGACGCACAGCGUUCCUGAUCGCACUCUAGAUGCCUUUACAGCAGACGCACCUCUGUUGCUUGUGAGGUUUCGUUUUCUUUCCUCCUUGUGCAGCAAAAAUCAAGAAGACACCGUGGUUAACGCUAUUGUACAACACGUGGCGAGCCUGUUUACGAGUCCCUGCGGCUGUGCGCCUUCCAUUCCUCCCCCCCGCUGUCAUGGAGGAGCGCUGGCGGUGGUGCAGCGCUGGGAAAAUGAGCGAGAGGCGCAGUGGAGGCAACCAAUGAAGACGCGGAGAGCUCCUGCGCGUCUAGGCAAGGUCGGAGCAGAGCGUGGAUGAGAUUAUGUCCAAGUGGAGACAGCAAGGACGGACUUUUCUGCCUCCUCUCCGGGGAUGUCUCCUGAAAAAAACAAGAGUUUCUCUCUCAGAGGCGAUGAAGACCCCUUUCCUACCUUUUACGCGAUCAUGCUUGAGCCUCUAUUUGUGACAAUCUCCUGUCUCUCUCAGCUGGGAGAUGAAGUUUCCUCGCUUUGGACGAUUUACCGGUCUUGUCGCUUGCUGCUGAGGCCACCUAGGGUGAUUUAGAGGCUGCAGCUGCAGGGCAUCCAGCUGUGUUUACUGGACGGUACGCAUCUGCCGCUGUCGCUGUCCAUGGUGCUGAACCCGGGCUCCAGGAAUGGUGGAGACGCUGAGUAUCGCAGUGAUCGGUGCUCCCGGAGUGGGCAAAACUUCUAUAAUCCGCCAAUUCAUCUAUAACGAUUUCUCGGAGGCGUACACGCCGACCAGGACCAGAUAUGUAUUCAGACCCUCGGUCAUUCUGAACGGGAACAUGUAUGAGUUAAAGAUUUUGGACGUCCCGCCAAUCUCCUCCUUCCCAGCAAGCGCCAGUCAGGAAUGGCUGGACCUGCGUUGCAGAGGCGUCCGCAACGCCAACGCUUACAUCCUGGUGUACGAUAUCUGUUGUGUGGAGAGCUUUGAAUACGUCAAAAUGAUCAAACAGCAGAUAGUGGAGAACAGGGAAGGCAGCAGCAGCGAGGUGCCAAUCCUGGUGGUGGGUAACAAACGAGAUCUGCAAAGGCAGCGCUUCAUGCCCCGCAGGGCCGUGUCAGUCCUGGUGAAGAAGACCUGGAAAUGUGGCUACGUGGAGUGCUCUGCCAAGUUUAACUGGCAUGUGGUCCUGCUCUUCAAGGAGCUGCUAGGCAUCGCUGUGGCACGGGGCAUGCGCCAGAACCACACCUCCAUCCGUCUGCAGGGGGCGCUACAGAGAAAUCGGUGCACUGUCAUGUGACCCUCGAAAGCUUCCUCCACCCCUUCUCAUGUCUGGGGUGGAGCAGACCUUGGAGAAAAGGACUCUUUAUCGUAAUGGCUGGAAAAAUACCCUGUGGCCUCCUGCUUAACUGAGCUAAUUUUCAUAAUGAGGUUUAUUUAACUCUUUGCGCUGUAAAAGACUCAAAAAUUCCACACAUGCUCAUCCAACCACUUCCUAGUCUAAUUCUGUCCACUGUGUAGAAAGGAGGAAGCAGAUAGAAGCAACAGCAACUUGAAAUCCAACACAGUUAUAUUUCUGCAGCUUGAAAGCUUAGCGUUUCAGGCUGGGCCACCAAAUGUAACUCGUCACAUACAUCAGGUCUCUAACUGGGCCUGACAGCAUGGAAGCUGUUCCUGUAAGACUCAAAACCAGAGAGGCAGCAAUACUAUUGAGUCUUCCUUUUGGAUUUAUCAUAUUCAGGAAGGUGAAAAGGCACAAGUUCAGAUGUGACUAGGAUUACUUGUGGAUUAAAGGCCAAUGAUCCACAACAUAAAAUGACAAACAUAGAGAAAAUAAUACAGGUGUAUGUCACUGAAUAUUAAUCAUAAAUGUAUUUGCUUCAGUGAUUUAAUUCAAAAAGGGAAACUCAGAUAAUAUAAAGAUUCAUUACACAAAGAGUGAUAUUUUUCAUUCAUUUAUUUCAGUUUAUUUUGAUUAUUAUGGAUUACUGUUAAUGGAAACACACAAUUAAGUUUUUCAGAAAAUGUGAAUAUUACAAAAGACUGAUAAAAAUAUUUUAAUACAGAAAUGUAAGUCUACUAAAAAGUAUGUCCUGUGCUGUACAGUAUGUACAUUCAAUUCUUGGUAGAGGCUCCUUUUACAUGAAUUGCUGCAUCGAUGCAGUGUGGCAUGGACUUGAUCAGCCUGUGGUUCUGCCGAGGUGUUAAGAAGAUCCAGUUUGCUUCAAUAGCGACCUUCAGCUUUUGUGCAUUGUUGGCUCCAUGUAUUUUAUCUACCUGUUGACAAUAGUCCAUGGUCUUUUAAGAAGGUAUUGGUACUUUUAGAAGUGUGAGCCUGUUGCCAAGUUCUGCUCAAAAAUUUAAAUCAGCAUCUUCAUGAAGCUUGUCAGAAGAGAAAAGCAUGAAGUGCUCUAAUAUUCAGACUUUGGACUUGAGAAAACACAGUGGACCAGCACCAGUAGAUGAUGUGGCUCCCCAAAUUAUCAUUGAUCGAGGAAAGUUCACAUUGGACCUCAAGCGACUUGGAUUCUGUUCCUCUCCACUCUUCCUCCAGGCUGUGGGACCUUGAUUUCCAAAUGAGAUGCGAAAUCUGCCAUCAUCUAAAAAGAUUACUUUUUAAAGGACCAGUGAGCAACCGUCCGGUUCUUUUUUCUCCUUAGUCCAGGCAAAAUGCUUCUGACAGGAGUGGCUGAAUGUGUCUUUCUUUUUUUGACACAUGAUGCAAGAGUCAUAGCCCAUGUCCUGGAUAUGCCUGUGAGUAGUAGCUGUUGAAACACUGACUCCUACUGCAGGUUGUGUCUUGUGAAUCUUUCCUGAACCCCAGAAGGGGCAUCACUUCAUAAUCUUUUCAAGGCUGCAGUUAUUCCUGUUGCUUGUGCACGUUUUUGGACACACUUUUUCCUACCACUCAACUUUCCAUUAAAUGCUUAGAUACAAUCAUCUGUGAACAACCAGCUUCUUUGGAUACCACUUUUCAUGGCUUUCUCUCUUUUAUGGCUUACUCUUCUUGGUGACAAUGACUGUAUGAUUGCUGUACAACUGUACAGUCAUGACCAUAACAACACAUUUCUGUAUUAAAAAACUCUUUUUAUUGGUGUUCUGUAAGACUCCAAUUUCCAAAGAAACAAAGGUUUGGAUUUUUAGUUAAUUUAAGCUAUAAUCAUCCAAAUUAACUUAAAUAAAUGCUUUAAAUAUAUCAUUAUGUGCGUAUUGAAUCCAUAUAAUAUGCAUUUCACUGUUUUAAUUGAACUGCUGAAAUAAAUUAACUCUUCUGGAAAGGUUAUCCUAAAAUGUACAUAGACAAAUGCGAUAAGAUAGUUUUUUACUUAAGAUACGAGGAAUUAGCCGGCAUUAUUCAUUCCUUCCCUGCCCUUGUUAAAGACUGGGCCUAGGGUAAAGGUUCUUUGUCCCCACCGUGGGUGUUUUAAGGUAAGCAAAAUUUACUGCAGUCUCUUAUUAUGAGAAACUGUAGGGCUUUAAACUACCUUCUGCCCUCCGUCAGACUCUGUUUCUGCAGAGUACAUUAAAACCAGGGAUCUGGGGACAUGCAGGAGCCUAAAAUAAGAACCUGUACUAGCAAUGUGGUUGUUAGUGUUUAUGCGUGUGUGCUUAAUGUACUUUAAUUGUGAGCCCUGACAGAUUUGUGGGGACCAGACUGCUGGACUUCAGUGGAUGUUGGCAUCCCCACCAUGGUAGGUGUUAAAGUGUAAGCAUGUGUCUGAAAAAGAGAGCAAGCCAGGGCAACACAUAGGAAGGCAGGUUUGAUAAGUGACAUUCAGACAGGUGUAGGACAGACGCAGCCAGAUGUUGAAGCCUUGGAUUAGAAUGGAGCAAUAAAACCCUGCAGCGAUGCCCCCCACCGACAACACACCAACACAUAAUAUUGAAAAUGCCAAUGUAAUCCAUGUGUAAUGCACUCGUGCAUCAUAUAAAAGUACAGAAACAGAGCUCAGAGGCUCAUAUAAAAUGUACCAUCAAGGAUGCAAAAAGAUCAUUCAUAAAGCUUUAACAUCACUAUCUGAAUAGCAUCAAAAUGGUAAUGUUGUGUGCAACUAUUUUAUUUCUUUUGACUAGGCCAAGGUAGGUACUUUGGGAACACAUCUGACUAAUUUGUAUAUAAAAAUGACUCACAGAGGGAUCAUCUUGCAUGCAUUUGUUGGUAAAAUCCAACAGGUCAGGGUUUAAUUGCACUGAUGUAAAAAUGUGAUCUCGUGUUCAUUUAUUUUUUUUUGUACUACAUAGUUUCCUGACUCUACAGUGAGCAGUGGAGUGGAUGAAUGUGAUCAUUUUUCAGCAGCAUGCGAGAGCACAAGCUCAUGAUUUCCUCCAAAUGUAGUGCUAAUCCUUCAGCAGGGCCAGAUGGUUGUAUUUUUUUGUAAUAGUACAAAAAAAGAGAGAAUUAUGUAGCAGAGAUAUGAGAAAGCAACUGUGUGUAGCACGAGUUUCCAUCAGUUUGUGUGUGUGUUUCAGAAUUAAAAAGGGCUACAGUUUUCUGUUUUUUUUCUCAAUCUGAAACCUUGUCAUGGUGUUGGUACUAUGAGUAAUUAUUUCUUUUUUUUGACACAUGAUAAAUAAAGAAAUGCAUUUGAGAACGA